AAAAAAAACGGUAGUAAAGAUGCUACACAUCCGAGAUGGUCAGGAGUAAGUAUAAAGACUGUGUUGGAUCUCCUAUAAACCUCCAUUGCUGCUCUAGCCUCUCUCUUUCUGAGCUGACAGCGCUCCUGCGACCAUGGUGAACGUGCCUAAGACCCGCCGGACAUUCUGCAAGAAAUGUGGGAAGCACCAACCCCACAAGGUGACACAGUAUAAGAAGGGCAAGGAUUCUUUGUAUGCCCAGGGAAAGCGGCGUUAUGACAGGAAGAGUGGCUAUGGUGGGCAGACUAAGCCUAUUUUCUGCAAAAAGGCUAAAAGUACAAAGAAAAUUAUGCUGAGACUGGAGAGUGUAGAGCCCAACUGCAGAUCUAAGAGGAUGCUGGCUAGGAAGAGAUUCGAGCAUUUUGAAUUGGGAGGCAACAAGAAGAGAAAGGGCCAAGUGAUCCCGUUCUAAGCCGAUUUUGUUAUGAAGACAAUAAAUUCUUGACCAUUCAA